AUGGCUGCAUCGCGCAUCAAAAGAUGGGGACUGAUACUUGCUUCAUUCAACUACGAGAUUGAAUACAGAACCUCUAAGCAGAAUGCUCCAGCUGAUGGGUUGUCACGACUGCCCCUCAUAUCAGAGCAAGAUGAUAGUGGUGAUCACAACAGUGAAUUGAUCCUUCUGAUCAAUAGGUUUGACGAAGAAUUGCCUAUCACUGCAAGAGAGGCACUGUUGGAAGAGCUGCAUGGUGAACAUUCAGGAAUGCUUAGAAUGAAGUCGGUGGCCAGACCAAUCAUGUGGUGGCCAGGACUAGACAGUCAGAUUGAGGAAAAGGUGAGACAAUGUCCUGAUUGCCAGGAGAUAGCAAAUCAACCUGCAACAGCUCCGCUGACAAGUUGGAAGUGGCCAUCAUCGCCAUGGUCACGACUUCAUAUCGACUUUGACGGACCAUUCCAAGGACACUCCUUCCUAGUCAUGGUGGAUGCACACUCCAAAUGGAUGGAAGUAAUUCCAUUAUCGUUAACCACAGCCACAGUCACUAUCAAGCAUCUCAGAAAAAUCUUCUCAACAUUUGGUCUUCCAGAGCACAUUGUAUCGGACAAUGGGGCACAGUUUACCUCUGAAGAAUUCCAGACAUUCUUGAGGAGGAACAACAUUCGUCACACUAGGACAGCGCCAAAACAUCCAGCUACUAAUGGACAAGCUGAAAGAGCUGUGGAAUCUUUCAAGAUGGCACUAAAGAAAAUAAAAAACCAAACAGGUGAUGUUCAUGACAAACUGCAGAGGUACUUAUUCUCAUACAGAACGACUGUCCAUGCUGCAACAGGGAAGACGCCAGCUGAGUUGCUCAUGAGGCGCUCAUUACGAACUCGGUUAUCAGCGUUGAGACCGACACGAGAAGGAUUGAUGAUCAAAAAUGAUGAUGCAGAAACUGAAGUGCCAAGAUUCUUCAAUGUGGGACAAGCCGUCUUUCUUUUGAACUUUGGAGUUCAAGGCUCAAGAUGA